GAAAUUUCUAUCGAUAUUACAAAUUCGACGCCUCAAGCUAUCGUACAAGCACGAAUUAGUGACACGACACGAAGGAGAUGGCAUCAUCCUUUGAAUAUGGCUUCACCCUACCCAAUGGAACGAAAGUCAUCCACGGCGAAGGCGUCAUGGUGAAGGACGCGUAUCCUCCAGAUUUGAACAUCCCAGGCCAGCUUCAGAUUUACAGUCCUGGCCACAACGCCGAUUCCACAACUCCAACGUUUUGUGGCCCCCACGGCGUCUUCGAGUUCGACGUCAAACUUAGGAUGCCUCGACAUGUCCAUAUGUCCCCCAAGUCGUCUGGGGAUGGCAAGCGGUACAUUGUGGAGAAGAUCUUGGUCCUGAACGGCGUCGCACUUGCAGAGCUUAGUGGUGAAAUAUAUGUUAUUCCACCGAACACAAUGGUUCUCAUAGGUCCUGGCGUGCCUCACACAUGGACAGCCUGCCCGCCCGGCCUAGACCUGCAGGAAGUCGGAGUCUCCAAGGACGAGAAGAUUGUCUCCGAGGGAAAGUUCACAGCGGUCUUUGAGUAUGAAGAGCCGACGGCAUUCUUCCCCACUGCACAAACGAACGUGCUGAAGGAGGAGAGCGAGUACGUGAAGUGUGACGACCUUCACGGGAUCCAGAUUCCGGUAUUGAAACUCGAGGAACUAAAGAAAGAUGCAUGGUUCGUUUGGGGCAGAGGAGUACGGAAGCUUGAUGACAAGCAGUGA